AGAUGCUGAGCAGAGAGGUGCAUCGAUUCAUCACGGAAACUGCUUAAAAGUAGGAAGAGGUCACCAGAAUGGCUUCAAUAGGACAAAUAAUCUUUGGAAGUAUGAUUUUUCUCAUCGUAGUCAUUUCCGGACUAAUCGUUUUCAUUCUGGCUAUUGCAUUUUCAGUGUCCCAAGGUACCGUUGAAAGCAGAAGUCCCUCUGCCGUGGGCAACCUUGCUGAUGAUGUAGUCCUGGAUUGCAGGUUCCUUAGCAACAGCGGCAAUGAGCAGUUCAGCGAUGUGUCGAUUACUUGGCUGAAAGACUCUGUCAGUGGGGUGGUCUAUGAAUACAAAAACAAAGCGGCCCAGCUUCAGGGGCAGAACACACAGUUCAAAAACAGGGUUCAAUUGUUCUCAGACGCUAUAUCAAUGGGCAACGCUUCCCUGCUGCUGAGAAAUGUGAAGCUGGAGGACGAGGGUGUGUAUCGCUGCUCUGUCAAUGCACCAAAAGUCUCAGGGACUACCAGCGUUAACCUUAGAGUGGCUGCAUUCUCAGCUCCCACAUUUACUCAACAGAAUGGGUCUCUACUUGCUCAGGCUCUUAAAUGGUUUCCCCAACCGGAGGUUAGCUGGUUGAGUCAGACUGGACAGCUUCUUAACAGCAGCAACCAGUUUAUCAGCAGCACUGCAGGAACUGUGCAAGUUGUUAGUGUCCUCGAAGACCCAGUAAAAGAUGAAACCUACACCUGUCUUAUCCAGAACAGCCUUGUGAAAGCUAUCUCAGAGGCCACUGUAACAGCAAACAGCGUGACAGAGAGGACAUACUUCAUAUUCAGUGCUGCAUCAACUGAAGUGCCAUCAUUACAAAUUCUGCUCACAGUCAUCCUUAUUCUUUCUGCGAACCAGUAUGUGCUGUCUCCAGUUUAAAAAACAGUUCUACUUCUGACCAGAAAUUGUUCAAGCAAAAAUAUUUUUUUUAAUCAAAAAGAGAAUACAAUGCUAUUUGGUUAUUCCAAAUAUAGGCUAAUAGAAUAUAAUUACCAACAGUUGAUGGUCAAGCCGAUCUUGUUUGACCAUCUUGUUUUAUAUAUAUAUAUAUAUAUAUAUAUAUAUAUAUAUAUAUAUAUAUAU